AUGGAUAACGAAUUAGAAAAUACUAAUUCACGAACUAAUGGAGGUCGUGGCGAAGCUGAUGAAGGAGAUUCACUUCAGCUAGUGUUUGAUCAAAACAGGUCAGAAACCAAUACUGAUGAAGAUUCUGACCUUCCUGCUAGUCUGCCUGCUGCCACUGAUGAUCUCAGCAACGGUUCUUCACCUCUUCCAGACACACUACCAUCUAAUAAUUCUACUCAUAAUCCACCUUGCAUCAAGAAGAGCACCAGAACAAAAAUGACCCCUAGAUGGAUGAAAGAUUUUGGCGUAACUCCUCAGGAUAUAGAAGGUAUGUUGGAUGAGCUACAAGAGCAUAUGGAGUCCAUUGAUAUGGCUAAUGCUCUAAUAAGACAUAACAAUCCUAGAAUUUCUGCAUUUCGCUUUGCAAAUGGUUAUGCAGCUCUAGAGAUGCCUUCAGCUUUGAGGAUGAAAGCGCCUGACUUGAUCCAUUAUUUAUUAAACGAGAAUCAUUCAGACUGCACUAUAGUGAAUGAGCUAGGAUUCCCUCAUAUAUUGACUCACCUUGCAUCAAGUGAAGAUGCUGAUGUACGUGGAGCUUCACUUCAAGUCCUCCUUGACAUAGCUCAAGACAGGCAGGGAAAGCCUUACGGUAUCCCAAAUGAAGAAGAUGGGAGACUGAAGCAAAUUUUACAAGAACGGAGCAAAGAGGAAAGACAGCUUGUGGACUCUCUUUGGAGUGCCUGUUAUAAUGAACCAUCAGCCUUUUGUGAGGAGAUUCUUGCCCUCCCAGGAGAAGAUGCACUUCCACCAGAUGUUGCCAUCAAGCAUUUUGAACCACCAGUGUGA